AUAAACACGGGUUUGGAUUAGUUUGUUUUGUUCUGUAUAUUUUUUGAGCUCCCGUUAAGGCUUUGAUCCAUUGGUUUUUGGCUAGACUGAGAUGGGUUGUUUUUAUAAAAUUAUAGAAUGGAUUGUUGCUAAAUCUUUGUUUUGGAGGAAUAGAUUCUCCAUGGGAGAAGCACCAGCUUGCGUUGCCAAUGAUCUGCAGAAUGGCUCUCCAAACUUGAAAUCCAAGGAUGGUGAAACCUCUACUAUCAUUGGUGAUAAAGUGUAUGUGAUUGGCAGGGCAGAUGAUGCAUCCACAUUAUUACUUGCUGUUAAGAUCUACAACAAAUUUACAGGGAAAUGGGUGAUCCCUACUGUGCUGGGAACAAGACCUGAGAUAUGUAAAGGCCAUUCAGCAGUACUUUUGAAUGAAGAUCGAAUUAUGAUUAUCAAGAAGGGUUCCACCCCAGAUGACUGCAUUUGGUUCCUUGAGGUGAACAACAAAUUCGUUAAGGAGCAGACACAAAAUUUGGGAACUGAUGAGGUGGUUGCAUGGAGUAAGGGUGUGAGAGGUGACACCGAGAAGCUCCUUGUUAUUAGCGGUCCUUCUGGAGUUGGCAAGGGAACAUUAAUAUCCAUGCUCAUGGAGGAAUUCCCUUCCAUGUUUGCAUUCUCCGUCAGCCACACAAGUCGUUCACCACGUGGCAUGGAGAAGGAUGGAGUGCACUAUCAUUUCACUGAGAGAAGUGUAAUGGAGAAAGGAAUAAAAGAUGGAAAGUUCCUUGAGUUUUCAGAAGUUCACGGAAAUCUCUAUGGAACCAGUAUUGAAGCAGUUGAGGCAGUAGCUGAUACUGGAAAGAGGUGCAUUCUUGACAUUGAUGUUAAAGGGGCAAGGAAAGUGAGGGACAGCUCCUUUGAGGCUAUUUUCAUCUUCCUCUGUCCACCAUCGAUGAAAGAGCUUGAACAACGCCUCCGUGCAAGGGGGACUGAGACAGAAGAGCAGAUCCUAAAGCGCCUUCGAAAUGCUGAGGCAGAAAUUGAGCAGGGGAAAUCAUCUGGCAUCUAUGAUCAUGUCCUUUAUAAUGAUAAUCUUGAGGAGUGUUAUAAGAACCUAAAGAAAGUCUUGGGACUAAAUGGAAGUGCCACUGCUAACCAUAAAACAACUCCAAAAGGGAUCGAUCUGCCUCCACACCACUCUGUGUCAAAAGUUGAUAACAAGAUCCUCAUUAAAAGUGAGACCCUAGAGCUAGGGGAAACUUCCAAGAACUUAAUCAUACUGGAUGUAUCCAAGCUUAAAGGCGGGGCUCCUGGAAGGACUAGAGGACUUAAUGUGUAUGCGAUCUAUUCAUUCUCAAAUGGUUUAAAUGGGAUUUGAUAACUUGAGCUAAUGACUGCUAAUCCUCGACAAUGCUGACAUGGUUUUCAUUUUCAAAAGAAAUUUCCUGAAGCUUU